AUGAAUAUAUUUAUACGAAACUGGUUUCUAGUUGCACUUUUCGUUUUACCGCUCGAGAUUAUCGAAAUGGGAAAUGGUUACAAACUGAUCAGACCGUACAAGUACUAUCAACGUAGACCAUUGCGGUGGUCUGGAUGGUGGCACGCGGAUCACAAAUCAUCCAAGUUCUACCGUUCUAAGAGGAUAUCGCCGGAAGACUAUUACUCCCGCAGACCGAUCUAUAAUAGAUAUGGUUUGGCGAGAGACGAUUUUGAUGGACGUACCGAAAAUUAUCCCUGUAUCAUCGUGAUACAAUUGUCUAAAGGGAGAAACGAAUACGAAGACGAUGAAAGAAACAGGAAAUACGAAAGAAUUCCUACAUACACCAGUGAAAAUGAUUACGUCGAGGAUAACGACGAAUCAAAGAUAUUCGACGUUAAUAACAGAAACGUGCAAAUACAGAUGGUCAAAAGUGAAAAUCCAAAAUUGCAUAUCAAGAUAUCAAGAUCGGAUAACGAAAAAGAUAUUAAAAUUAUGGAUAAAUUGAAUAUCAAUGUACGAGACCAUCAUUGA